CCCGCUCAGUGCGCAGCGUGCGGGCCCAGACAUGCCCACGGUGGACGAUGUCCUGGAGCAGGCCGGGGAGUUCGGCUGGUUCCAGAAGCAAGCCUUCCUGACCCUGUGCCUGCUCUCGGUCGCCUUCGCCCCCAUCUACGUGGGCAUCGUCUUCCUGGGCUUCACCCCCGACCACCGCUGCCGGAGCCCGGGGGUGGCGGAGCUGAGCCGGCGCUGCGGCUGGAGCCUGGCCGAGGAGCUGAACUUCACGGUGCCGGGGGGGCCGGAGGGCCAGGCCUUCCCCCGCCAGUGCCUCCGCUACGAGGUGGACUGGAACCAGAGCGCGCUGGGCUGCGUGGACCCGCUGGCCGGCCUGGCCGCCAACCGCAGCCACCUGCCGCUGGGCCCCUGCGGGGCCGGCUGGGUGUACGACACGCGGGGCUCGUCCAUCGUGACCGAGUUUGACCUGGUGUGUGGCGACGCCUGGAAGGUGGACCUGCUUCAGUCCAGUGUCAACGUGGGCUUCGUGCUGGGCUCUCUGGGCGUCGGCUACACCGCAGACAGGUUUGGCCGUAAGUUGUGUCUGCUGAGCACGACCCUCGUCACCGCGGCCUCGGGCAUCCUCAUGGCCAUCGCCCCCGACUACAUCUCCCUGCUGCUCCUGCGCCUGCUGCAGGGCCUGGUCAGCAAGGGCAGCUGGACGGCCGGCUACACCCUAAUCACAGAGCUUGUGGGCGCGGGCUCCAGACGGACGGUGGCCAUCCUCUACCAGGCGGCCUUCGCGGCGGGGCUGGUGCUGCUGCCCGCGGCGGCCUACGCCCUCCCUCACUGGCGCUGGCUCCAGACGGCCGUGUCCCUGCCAGUCUUCCUCUUCCUGCUCCUGUGCUGGCGUAUGCCCGAGUCACCACGAUGGCUGUUGUCACAGAAGAGAAAGGCCCAAGCAGUAGAGACACUGGCCCGCAUCGCCCAGAGGAACGGGAAGCUGCCCCCCGAGGGCCUGAAGACGCUCUCUCUCGAAGAGGAGGUCGCCGAGAAGCUGAGGCCUUCCCUGGCAGACCUGUUCCGCACGCGGUGCCUGAGGAGAAACACCUGCAUCCUGAUGUACCUGUGGUUCACCUGCUCCGUGCUCUACCAGGGUCUCAUCAUGCACAUGGGUGCCACCAGCGAGAACCUCUACCUGGACUUCCUUUAUUCUGCUCUGGUUGAAUUCCCAGCCACCUUCAUCAUGCUGUUCGCCAUCGACCGCAUGGGCCGCCUGUCCCUGCUCGGCUUGUCGAGCCUGGCGGCCGGGGCAGCCUGCCUCAUCAUGACUUUCAUCUCGCAUGAUCAGCACUGGUUGAACAUCACCAUCGCUUGUGUUGGCCGAAUGGGAAUCACCAUCCUGUUCCAGAUGGUGUGCCUGGUGAACGCUGAGCUGUACCCCACCUUUAUCCGGAACCUGGGACUGAUGGUGUGCUCCUCCCUGUGUGACGUGGGUGGGGUCAUCGCCCCCUUCCUGGUCUUCAGGCUGAUGGAGGUGUGGCAAGGCUUGCCCCUCAUUUUGUUCGGGGUGCUGGGCCUGGUUGCUGGCGCGGUGACACCGCUGCUGCCGGAGACACAGGGGGUGGCUCUGCCGGAGACCAUCGAGGAUGCUGAAAGCCUCGGGAGGAAAGCAAAGCCCAAAGCAAGCAAGAUCUACCUUCAGGUCCAAAGGUCAGACCCUGCCGGCCCCUGAGGCUACGCGGGACCAGGGCGGAGACGCGCGCCAGGACCAGACGCCAGAGCCUCGCUUGCUGUGCUCUCCCCGCUGCCCACCCCGGUCAGGUCCCGACCAACACCAAACACCAAGUGUGCUUUGCUUUCCUUCCGUCCUGAAGCCUGGCUCGCUUCGCUUCUCUAGUGAGAGCUGUUGCUGGCCCCCAGGUGCCUCAUCAUCUAGAGUCAUCUGAGGAGUCAAUUGAAUUUAAAUAUGAUUGUAAGAGAGGCCUGGGUACCAGGUUUUCUAGAGUAUUAUUUUAAAUUAAUUUUAUUAAUUUGCCAUGCGUUUACAAAACUCUACAACGUGGGGAAUGACAUUCUCUCCUCGUGUGUGCCCUGCCUCCCGCCCCCUAGCCCAGGGCCUGCCCCUUCUCUGCCCCUCCUGGACCUGCAAGCUCCCGAGUUUUCACUGCAUCUGAGAGUUAUUUUUUUGUGUUUUGCCAGUUUGUUUCUAGAAUAAUUAUUGUUUUAUUUACUCAUAAAGAAAACGUCUUUGUGCAGGGAUUUAUGUUGGCAAAGUUAUUUCAAUAUGUAGAUUUCUCGGAGGACACUCGGUUUGCAGGUGCGGGGACGCUUCCAGCAAACGCCAUCUCAGCCACAUUCACACACACACAGCAGAAUAAAACAUGACCAUGUGA